CAACUUUGCAUAAUUUCAAAUGCCACCCAGGCCUAUCAACAGAUGACGGCCUCCGGAAGGUGGGCCUGAAAGAUAACAGUGUGCGGGCUGGGGCUGCCGACUGCCGCUCUCCGUCAUCCCUGGUGCUUUUCUUGCACUGACUGUUGUGAACCAGCUCACGAUCUCAGGAUGUACAGAAAUAUAAUAAUUGGAUUACUAUUGUCAGGUUAUAUUUCUACAUCAUCUGCCGAUGACAGCGGUGCUGAGGAAAAUGUCGUCACUCCUAAAUCAACAAGUAAUGCACUAACAGAAACAAGUUUGCUUACCACGACGUGGACCUUAGCAUCCACUACUGCUGCUAUAACGUCACAAGCUAGAGAAACACCCACCCCAGGAAGGAAAACAGAACGAAUUGUCCACGAUUUCUCAGAACCAGUUAUAAUAGGCAUUAUUUUUGGGGUGAUGACUGGUGUCAUUGGAACUAUACUCCUUCUUGCUUACUGUAUUCGUCGCCUGACUCAGAAAACUUCACAACCUCCACUCUCAGAUGUCACAGAUGGUCCUUGAAGUUCUAUAGAAACAGGAAAUCCAGAAAAGUAAUCAAUGAGAAUCUGCUCACCAAACCAAAUUUUGGAAGAACUGAAAGACACAAAACUUCUGUCAAGUGAAAAUUAACAUGUAAAUUGGACACACAAAUAAAUUGUAUACCUUCCUAAAUUGUACAAUUUCAGGAUGAAAAUUUCGUCAUCAAGUCCAGCGACUCAAUGAUGGAAAAUAUCACUACUCAUUAAUAUUUCAAAAAGAAGAACAAAUAUUUCUUUUUAUGCUUGCUUUCGUGUGUUAGCAUAAUUUUUACAGUUAUUUGAUUCGGAAUUCUGAUCCAAAACUUCAGUAGGCAUCAUCCGCAGUUUUUAAAGACUAACUGAUUUUAUUCUAUUGUAUUUUAAUGAUUGUAAAAUGAAAGGCUUGUCACAUCAUACAUGAAAUCUAAGUUCUUCUCAUCCUAAACUUCUGAGUCUAUUUUUAUUGUUUGAAAUAAAUUAAGGGGACACUGAAAUCCUAUCAUUUCCUUCACUGAUGAACCAGCAAGAUAUGGUAUUACAUUGAUAAUGAUGAUAUUUUAGUUACACUAAUGAAGUUUGUACUUGGAAAUGCCGUGCAUAUACACAUACAUACACAUAUGUACAUAUACACAGAAUAGGCAUUUAAAAUGACACUCACGUUCAUCAUUUAAUGCGUAAAUCAAUACAAAAAAAUUUCCCAUUAAAAAGUGAGAAGUUACAUAUGUAUAAAUGGCUCAUUGAAAAUAAUCUGUCUUACAGUACAGCAUUACCUUCUUCAGGCCACUGGAAGAGUUAUUUACGGAAAUGGUCAAGAGUAACCUGAGGAAGAAAAACAUUAAUGACUUUCCCUUCCAAGAGAAACGUAACAACUUUGUAAAUGAAACAAGAUGUGCAAAUUUAACAUGCAGGUGAAUAUUUAAUAGGUCACCAUUACAUUCUUUUUAGAGUUCUCAAUUAAAUUCUUUAAUCCACCCAGUCCCAGCUUCUCUUAUUAAUAAAGCUUUGGAAAUUGGUUUAAAUAAUCUAAAAGAAAUUUCUAGAAAUGAGAUUAGGCUUUGUGACAAUACAAAUGUCACUCAUUUACAGUGAAACUUAAGAAUCAGUAUAAAAACAAAGAAGCACCUUCCUGUGAUAGUCUAUUUCCACAUUAAUAAAAAUCCAUAUGGCUUCCCAUUGCUGUGUGA